UUUAGAUUGGUUUUUUUUUUUUUUUUUGGGAACUGGACUAUCAUUCGUCAUACUAUUUCGUCAUCUAACUGCUGAAAGCGCUUUAAAAAAAAGUUUUUGCAACCUUGUGCCUUGCACUGUAUUCUUUUUUACUUUUACUCAUUGGGAUCUUGCAAUCUGAAUGAUGAACCAUGGUUAUAACUCGCAAAGCUUAGAUCAGCAGUUUGCUGCUAUGAGCGUUGGUGGCAACAAGUACAACGGUCCCUCAAACAAUUCAGGACGGUCUGCCUAUGUCCCUCCUCACCUUCGAGGUGGUAGUGGUCGUGGUGGUUUCCAAGACGGCGGUCGUGGCAGAGGUGCCAACGAAGGUUGGGCUGCCUGGAACAAUGAACGUAACCGAGGUGACGGCUGGUCGUCGUCCCGUUCGGAUUUCAGCCGAGGCAAUAGUUGGGGCGGUCCUCGCAACAACAACUUUUUCGAACGUGGUUCCUAUGGAGGAUACCGUAACAACCGUCGUGACGAUAUCGGUUAUGUCCGUCGAGAUGAUAGUCAGGGUUACUGGAGAGACGGCGUCCACCACGUCGGCAACCGCAAUCCUCGUACUGAACGGGAAUUGUUUGGGACAGUGGAUGAUUCUGUAACCCAACAGACCGGCAUCAACUUUGAAAAGUACGAUGAUAUCCCUGUGGAGGCUAGUGGUGAUAACUGUCCAGAGGCUGUAACCACGUUCACCCAUCCUCCUUUGGAUCCUCACCUUUUGAGCAACAUCGAAUUGGCAAGAUACACUACGCCUACUCCUGUGCAAAAGUACUCUAUCCCUAUUGUCGGUGCCGGUAGAGAUCUCAUGGCGUGCGCUCAAACAGGUUCUGGUAAGACAGGUGGGUUCUUGUUCCCCGUCUUGUCGGAGCUCUUCAGCAAAGGCCCCUUGGCCAGCGGGCCUGAAACUCCCUCUCACGGAUACCGCUCUCGAAAAGCCUACCCAGCGGUUCUGAUUUUGGCCCCCACUCGUGAAUUGGUGUCACAAAUUUAUGAAGAAGCCAAGAAGUUUGCUUACCGUAGCUGGGUUCGUCCCGCGGUAGUCUAUGGAGGUGCGGACAUCGGAGGUCAGCUCCGCCAAAUUGAGCGUGGCUGCGACCUUCUCGUGGCUACACCAGGUCGCUUGGUGGAUUUGAUUGAACGCGCUCGUAUUUCGCUGGCUCACAUCCGAUUCUUGGUCUUGGAUGAAGCGGAUCGCAUGUUGGAUAUGGGUUUCGAACCCCAGAUUAGACGCAUUGUCGAACAAGAAGAUAUGACGCCUGUGCAAGAUCGUGUCACUCUCAUGUUCUCGGCGACUUUUCCCCGUGACAUUCAGUAUUUGGCCCGCGAUUUCUUGAAGGAUUACAUUUUCUUGUCGGUGGGUCGUGUAGGCUCGACUUCGGAAAACAUCACGCAAAAGGUGGAAUAUGUUGAAGACGAAGACAAACGGUCGGUGUUGCUGGAUAUUCUUCAUUCGACGGACGUCUCCGGUUUGACUUUGAUCUUCGUGGAAACGAAACGUAUGGCCGAUGCCCUUUGCGAUUACUUGCUGAACUCGAAUUUCCCUGCCACCUCCAUUCACGGUGAUCGCACUCAACGUGAGCGUGAGCGUGCUUUGGAUUCUUUCCGUACAGGUCGUACGCCAAUCAUGGUAGCCACAGCCGUGGCGGCGCGUGGUCUCGAUAUUGCCAACGUAUCGCACGUCAUCUCUUACGAUCUACCCACCGAUAUUGACGAUUACGUCCAUCGUAUUGGCCGUACUGGUCGUGCUGGUAACACUGGUCUGGCCACUGCCUUCUUCAACCGUGGUAACAAGAACAUCGUGAAUGAUCUUGUCGAUAUUUUGAAAGAGGCCAAUCAAGAAAUUCCAAGCUUUUUGGAAUCCAUUGCUCGUGAAUCACGAUCCUAUGGUGGCCGAGGCCGCGGAGGUCGCGGUCGUGGCAACUUUGGUGGCCGCGAUUUCCGACGAGACUACAGCGGCAGCUCUCGUAAUGGUCCUGGCGGCGGUGGCGGUGGUUUCUAUGACAUGGGAGGUUUCCCACCUUACUCCAACUAUCCACCCUUGAGCGGCGGCGGCGGUGGUGGUGGUCGAUCUGCUUAUUCCAGAGACGUGCCUCUGCAAUAUCAGACAAAGACCAGUUGGUUCUAAAUGACAUUAUUUUAUUACUUUCUUUUUGAUUAUUAUCUUUCAUCAUUAUUUUUCAUGCCAUAUCAAUGAUAGAGUCUGCAUCCAUUCCCUGCUCACAUCCACUCAACUCCUUGUUUAUUCAUCCUCAUUUUUUUCUUCUUUCCCAUUUUCAUUGCUUCGUUCAUUUAUCCUUCUUCUUUAUUUUUUUUUAUUUUUUUUACUUGUUUCUCGCUUUUAUAUAACUGAUAGAGAAGGGUUUGCGUGGAACAUCCCAAGUUGGGAUGAUGUAGAUAGAAUGUUUAUAAAGUUCAAAAAGAAAGCGUUGUUCACCAUCUAAAACUCUUCUUGCCUUUUCACAAUUGUAAGUUGAUAUUAGG